GUAAGUUGUUACGCAGCGCUCUGGCUCUCGGAAGAGAGGAGGCAGGUUAGCUUUCAGAAAACCGGACUAAAAUGAUGCAGAAAACGAGUGUUUAGAUUGUACGCAACCAUGGAGACUGAUGCAAACUCCUUCCAUGUGGAGUUCCCGGAUUUUUCCUGCUCGCUCCUGAAGAAGCUGAACCAGCAGCGGCAGAGAGGGCAGCUGUGCGACCUCAUCGUGUCCAUCGGCGGCCAUCAGUUUCGCGCCCACCGCGCGGUUCUGGCCGCCAGCUCUCCGUACUUCUGCGAUCAGGUGCUGCUGAAGAACAGCGCCCGUGUGGUGUUGCCGGACGUCAUGCAUCCUUGCGUUUUCGAGCAGCUCUUGUUGUCGUGCUACACGGGAGGGCUUUCGGUGCCAUCCGGAGAGGUGGUUUCCUUCUUAACAGCUGCGAGCUUCCUGCAAAUGUGGCACGUGGUGGACAAAUGCACUGAGCUUUUGGAAGUAGGGAAUAAGAAAAAACGAAUCGACAGUGGAGCAUCUCCAAAAGGUGAUGGUUAUGCCACUGAUAAUGAUGAUGCCAGUCAGACUGCAGGUCAAGGGGAAGAUCUAGCCGAUCUAGAUUCUGCUUUAGGGCAAGGAAUGUUAGAAAGCGCCGGUUGUUCUUCGCCAGAUGAUCCGAGCAGCGAAAAUGGCUCGGAUGCAAUGGAAAACCAAUGCUCUAGACCGGCCUAUGUGCCACCGAGCAUAAUGGGGCACAGAAAGAAGGUGCAAAUAAAAUCAGAAAGGCAGACUCGAGAUGCUUGCGGUGGCUUGUUUGGUGCUGAACACACCGUGAACGAUUCAGAUGAAAACUCUCACAAUCCAAACAUAGCAGAGGAUUGUUUUGAUGAGAAACUAGUGGAGUGCUUAGAUCGAGAUUGCUCCUAUGAAGAGCCGUUAGACUUCUACGGGACCUCCAUGGAGGGCUUUUCGCAAGCUGUGGAUGAGCUUUCCAACCCGGCAUCUAAGGAUAAACUUCAGGCUGAAGGAGGUACGGAUGUUUCUAAAGACGAGGCGCCUGUUGACAGCGGCUUAAAGGAGCAGACCUCUCACUCGGGAUUCGCUUCGGUGGUUUACAAGCUCUAUCCGUGUCAGUGUGGCAAAAGUUUCACGCAUAAAAGCCAGAGGGACCGGCACAUGAGCAUGCAUCUGGGUCUGAGGCCGUUCGGUUGCGCCGUUUGCGGCAAAAGCUUUAAAAUGAAGCAUCAUCUUGUGGGCCACAUGAAGAUCCACACGGGCAUUAAACCCUACGAGUGCAGCCUGUGCUCGAAACGCUUCAUGUGGAGAGACAGCUUCAACCGACAUACCUCCACAUGCGCAAGGGCCCAUCAGACCCGACGGGCCUCUCAGAUCUGUUAGGGUUCAUGCAGGAUCCUUGUAGGAACGUUUAAGAAACCUCAGCAUGGAAGCAUCCAGAAUGCCAAAUUAGCCAGUGUAUAAACUUAAAGUAGGAUCAUUUUAAACAAACACCUCAAAUUUGAACAGAGGCCUUCUGUUCAAUUUAUUUGUUCAGGUUUGAACUACAGGUCAAAAGUUUUGAAUAAUUAUAUUUUUUAAUGUCUUUGAAUUUGAAAGAAUUCAUUUUAUGCUCAGCAAGGCUGCAUUUAUUUGAUUAGAAAUACAGUAAAAACAGUAAAAUUGUGAAAUAUUAUUAUGGUUCAAAAUAACUGUUUUCUGUGUGAGUAUAUUGUAAAAUGUCAUUUAUUUCUGCAACGCAAAACUGAAUUUUUAGCAUCAUUACUCUACUCUUCAGUGUCACAUGAUCCUUCAGAAAUCAUUCUAAGUACCAUUUCUUAUUAUUGUCAAUGCUGAAAACAGUUAUGCUGCCUCAUGUUUUUGUGGAAACCAUGAUAUAUUACCAUUAAAAUUUUGUAAUGUUAUUACAAAUAACAGUAAAAUUGUGAAAUAUUAUUACAGUUUUAAAAAACUGUUUUCUAUUUGAAUUUAUUUUAAAAUGUAACUUAUUCCUGUCAUGCAAAGCUAAAUUUUCAGUAUCAUUACUCCAGUCUUCAGAAAUCAUUUCUGAUUAUUAUCAAUGUUGGUAACAGUUGUCUACUUCAUAUUUUUGUGGAAACAGUGAUGCAUUACCAUUACCAUUUUUUUUUUAAUUGAUAUUAAUACUUUUAUUCAACAAGGAUGCAUUAAAUUGAUCAAAAGAGACAGUAAAGACGUUUACAAUGUUACAGAGGAUUUUUAUUUCAAAUAAAUGCUUUGAACUUUCUGUUAAUUAAAGAAUCUAGAAAAUGCAAUAUGGUUUCCACAACAUUUAUAAUAAUGCCAUUAUUAAUAAUUGAGCACCAGUAAUAACUGAUGAUAAUUGAGCUGCAAAUCAGCAUAUUCCAAUGAUUUCUAAAGGAUCAUGUGACACUGUUUGGAGUAAUGAUGCUGAAAAUUCAGCUUUGCAUCACAGAAAUAAAUUACAUUUUAUAAUAUAUUCACAUGGAAAAGGUAUUUUAAAUUGUAAUAAUAUUUCAUAAUAUUUCUGUUUUUACUGUAUUUUUAAUGAAAUAAAUGCAGCCUUGGUGAGCAGAAGAGAUGACUUUAAAUCACAUUUAAAAAAAUAUUAAUUAUUCCAAACUUUUGACUGGCAGUCUCUCCUCAUGGAAUGAUGUAAAGUCAUCAUGAAGUCAAAAAUGUCUUUUCUUAAUAGAUGUUAUAAUAGUAAAAUGCCUCAGAUGUCUCAGAAUGAUUAGUAUAUCUAAAGGACAAAAAUAUGACCACAUUCUACCCAAGAGCCUUGAAUGCAGUCAUAAUAUUCAGGUUUAAAGACUCACUAAGCGCUUUGGAGUUUUAACAAGGUUUAUCUUAUGUAAAUAGAAAUAUUUCCCAGUGCAGCAUUAUGCUGGAUUUUAUUGGCUGUAGUUGAGCUGGAUUGUGUUUGGCAUUAACUCUAUUGCAAAUCUCUGUAGCUAGAGCGUUUCCAACAGGAUUUGACAGAGAACGGCGCUUGUUUCAGCUGCUAAUCUGUUCUAAUCCAUUUUAUGCUCUAAAAGUCAACAGAUUUAUUAGGAGGAUUUUGAAAGGGAAAAAGUCAAAUAAAAUCUAACAUAAUGCUGCGUAAAUGGCAUUGACAUUUUCAUCUCCUUCUGCAAACAGUGUUCUUAUGUGAUGUUCAUUUUGUCAGAUGUUUUUAUAAUGUGCCAUAAUUGUAAAAUAUUAUAAAUGUCAUCUCUAUAUGGGUGAAUCUUUCGAAAAACAUGUCCAGGUUAUACUUCACACACGCACAAAAAAAUGCAAAAAUGUUUUAGAAAAAUUAUAUUUUGCAUAAAGACAUUGAAUCCUCCUUUAGCACAUUUAUUAUUAUAAUUAGUUUUAAUGUUGUUUGUUUGUAAUUCUCAGUAUUUUAAAUGGGGUUUCUCGUUAUAAUCUUGUUACUGUAAUACAGUAUUUUGAGUCAUUCUUUUUUAUUAAUAUUUCUUUUAAAUGAUAGGCUUUAUUUUCUUUAUGCAAAAUAUAACUUUAUAUUGCCAAAUAUACUAGAUUUUAAAUGUUUUAUAAAAAAGUCUCUUCUGCUCACCAAGCAGAUCAAAAGUACAGUAGCAACAGUAAAAUUGUGAAAUAUUUUUUACUAUUUAAAAUAACUAAUUUUAGUUUUCUAAAUGAAUAUAUUUUAAAAUGUAAUUUAUUCCUGUGAUCAAAUCUGAAUUUCUGAACAAUUCUACUCAGCUGUUUUCAACAUAAUAAUAAUAAUAAUAAUAAUAAUGAAUGUUUUUUGUGUAGCAAAUAAGAAUAUUAGAAUGAUUUCUGAAGGAUCAUGUGACUCGAGUAAUGAUGCUAAAAAUUCAGCUUUGAAAUCACAGGAAUAAAUUUCAUUUUAAAAUAUAUUCAAAUAGAAAACAAUUAUUUUAAAUAGUUUAAACUUUUCCUGUUUUGCUGUAUUUUGGAUCAAAUAAAUUCAGAGUUGGUGAGUAGAAGAGACUUUUUAAAAAACAUUAAAAACCUUUUGACUGGUAGUGUGUAAUGCAUUUCUUUUCAUUUUUGUGGUGAAAUAUGACCAGGACAUGUUCUUGAUGGGUUUUUAAAAUUCAUCUGUGUUUACAGUAUUGAAUUUAAGUGGAUUUAAGAGAGGAAUAUCAAAGCACAGCCACCUGUAAAUAUCAAAUAUCAAUGAAAUGAAACAGAGAGCACAUCUUUAUUGUUUUACUUCACAAAGACAUUUCAUGCAAACAUCAAAAGAGCACAAAAAGCAAACUAUGAAAGGGCUGUAAAACUCUUGUAUAAAAGCAGCUGGGUGUUUACUUGUAUUAUUUUCUGAAUUUAAUGUACAUAAUGUGCCAUGAAUGGAUGGUUGGGUGUCUGGCUUUCAGUAGUUUGCCAUUACGGUCCGUUUGUGAAUUAACUUCAAACCUCUGUUACAACAGUACCUCAGAUGCUGUGGUAUUUAGUAGUUUAAGAUGGUGCAUGGAAUUUAAACAGUGCUUAAUUAGAAUAAAAUGUAAACUAAUUUUAUUAUAGUUUUAGAUCAAAUAAAUAGGGCUUUUCUUAGAAUAUUGAAUUAUACCUGAAAGUGUUGUAAGCUAAUAUAACACUCUAAAGAAGAUUUCAAAUAUGUUGUUUUGGCAGUUGCCAAAUAUUGGUAAAUUGUAGUAUGUAAAUAGUGUUUGAAUUCUGUUUUAUAAUUAUGAAUGUGUAAAUUUCUAUAUGCCUCAAACAGAACAAACAACUGACAAUCAUGUAGGCAGAAACAGAACAUGUGAAAGUUAAGUCAUCAGUACCGUUAAAAAUCACCUCUCAGAAGUCAGAAUAUAUUUAUGGAAAAUAAAUUCAACCAUGUAUUAAUUAUAUAUAUUUCCAUUCUUUGUCUUUUUUUUUCAAUAAAUGUUGAAAUAAUUUAAUACAUGUAUAUGUAUAUGUAUCUUAUAAUGUAAUCUGGUAAAAUAUAUAUAAAUAUAUAUGUUGAUUUGUUACAGAAACUUUCUGUUUUGUUUUUUAAAUUGGAAGCGGUUAUAUAAAAAUGUCUAUUCUCAAGUGACCAAAUUUUCUUAAUUGACAGGCAGAGCUUUAGGAUGUUGGACGGAUCACUACCUCAACAGGACUGUCGUAAUACGAUCUGUUUAUCAGCAAACGUUUCUUUCCGGACGUCUCCAUUUCCCACUUACACUUCUGUUGUGUUUUCUUCUUAUAGAAGAACUUUGUGAAGCUUUGUGAGAUUUGUACAAAAAUGUGUUUAGCAAUAAAUGUUUUAUUUGUACUGGAGAUCCUGUUUUGUUGCAUUAAGAACAAUGUAUAUUUUGUGUUCGACUUGCAAUGACUUUUUAAUUCCAGGUUUCAGGCAGUAGAUGGCAGUAUCAACUCA